AUGUUCUCGUCUGACGACGUAAUUGCGAUUGCAGCAGCGGGGGACUUCUUCGGAAAAUGGAAGGAGGAGUCGAGGUUCUACAGGUGCUCAAGCCUGUGUGGGUUCCGCUUCUACGAGGUCGACCUCAGGUCCGGGAAGCCGGCGUGGGUGACGUGCCUGAGCCAGGCAAAGAACUUCGUGUAUAUGGCGGACGCGAAGGGCGGGGAUGGGAUCGAUGCUUGGGUGACGCUGGACAGGCGUGACAUGGCCGUCUUCCAGCGGGACUGGAAGCUCCUCGCCUACAUCGCCUCGAACCCUGGCGUCCCGUACUAUGUAAUGCAUCAUUCUCUAUGUGAUUGA